AGCGUUGUUUUGAUUUUUGAAAUUUUUUUUUUUAAAAUACAAGGUCCGGACCGGAAACUUUGAUUUUCAAGGACCUGAAUUAACGGGUCCGGUCCGGGUCAUGUCGGUUCAGGUCUGGUCCAGCUUUUGUACGGAAGUGAAAAGAAGAGCACGCCGGCGUUAAUGGUGGUAAAAUGGGAGUGGGAGAAUGCCACCGCAGGAGCCGUCGCUGGCUUCGCCACUGUGGCAAUCAUGCACCCCCUUGACGUCGUUUGCACCCGCUUCCAAGAUACAGUGAAUGAUGGACGAAUGUCGAAUCUCCCAAGCUACAAGAACAUCCCCAAUGCUAUCUUCACCAUCGCCCGUUCUGAGGGUUCGAGGGGGCUUUAUGCUGGCUUCACCCCAGCUGUUAUAGGAUCAUCUAUUUCAUGGGGCCUGUUUUUUUUCUUGUAAGUUAAAUUCUCUCAAGUCUGAAAUUUAAGCUGUAUUAUCUGAAUUGGAAAGGAAAUGCUAUUUUCUGCAGCUAUAGCAGAGCUAAAAAAAGGUAUUCUCAUGACGAGGAGGAUAAGCUGAGUCCUGGACACCAUUUGGCGGCAGCUGCAGAGGCUGGUGCACUGGUAUCUUUUUUCACAAAUCCUGUUUGGGUCAUUAAAACAAGAUUACAGCUACAGAAUCCUCUUCAUCAAACCUGACAGAAUGAAAAUUCAGGGUGAUUCGACAUUCGUCCAUCAUUCACUGUAUUAUUCCAACAAAUAAAGAUAAAAAUAAAUUCCCAGAAAAAAAAAAGACGGUGAGAAUUAGACGAAAUUGAUUGAAAUGUCUUGUCCUAUACUAUCUAUCCACCAGAUCAACAUAUAGAUUUUCAAUGUUAGUUCUUUAUAAUUUAAAAAAAAAAUAGAUUAUACUUUGUCCAUUUCUUAUUACACGCAUCACUUUUUAGAAAUGAAAAUUUCAAUUUAGAUAACAUUUUUUCAUUUUUAAUUAAUAAAUUUUCUCUAUCUUUUAGCACGGUUCUCUAUUUAAAAACGGGGGAAGUAAAAGUUAUUGUAGAAGAUUAAAGUUGUAUAGACUGACAUGUCCAAUUAAAGUGAUGCGUUAGGGGAGGAGGUACGGAGAAAAAUGAAAAGACGGGACUGGUUGAUAAACAAAGCAGCCAAGCCAAGCUAAGCUAAGCAGGUUCAAAAUAGAAAAAGGGUUGGGAAAAGGCCAAAGAGGGGGUUGCGAGUGGCGGGAAUCAAUGGGAGAAAUGGAAAGGGAAAGGGAAUGGGAAUGGGAAUGGGGUGGUACGGACCUCUAAUAGACCUAUCGGCGGCAUCUUCUCACGUCGGGGAUUUUGUGCAACUUAUCGUAUUCGUACACCACUACACUCCCGUUCAGUACAAAUUAGGACGAGGACGAGAAAUGGGAAGAGGAAGAGGUGAAUUGAUUCGCACAGACAUAUCGGUUGGGGACGAAACUCGACCGCAACUCAGCAUUACCCUUUGGAAUAACCACCUCGCUUCUUCCGUCUCUGCUGGAGAUAUCCUUUUCUUCCGAAACGUCAAAGUAUGUUCAUAUGCUGGUAUGCUUCAAGCCACUUCUGUUGAAUAUUCUUCUAUUCUUCGCCUCAUCCACCCUUUCCAUUCACUCCUUUCUCGAGGUGUGGAUGAUUUGCUCACUACUUGUCGCCUUGUUGGUACUGCUAAGGAUAAGCUUAGGAGGGUUAUACAAUGGGUGCACCACACUAGAUCCACUCUUUCUUAUCAACAACCUAACUUCCACCAAACGACUCCAGCACCUCGAAACUGGAAAGUGCACCAAGAGCAAAAACCCCGUCAAUGUUUCUUACUUUCACAAGUCUUGCACCUGUCUACUUCCUGUAAGGCCAUUUUUCAUGCAUCAAUUGGUCAAGUUUUUCUGCAUUCGCUGUGGCCUCAUGCUGACAAUGAAAGGCUCUUCAUCCGUAGUCGAUUGACUACUAAGGCUGACUUCAUAGUGGAAGAUAUGAUAUGUACUGGCUGCCACCUCUGUGGCUUCCCCUUGUGUUCUGACUCCGCAACUGUGGGAAAACAAAGUCCAUUAUAUUGUGCCAAGAGCUCAAAUCGACUUCAUACUGUAGGCUUGAUAUAUAGGCCAUUUAUGCUAUACGUAUGGGAUGACUCAGAGUAUAUUCCACUUCAUGUUACAAAUAAAGCAGCUGAGUUCCUGUUUGGGAAUAUCAUUGCUGAAGAUGUGUACCAGUCAUACAAGGGCCAAAAAGAUCAUCAGUGUCUGAAAAAUCCCUUCAAGGCAUAUGUUAAUAAACAGAAUCACGGAAGAGUUGAGGCAAAAGGCAUUGGGUCAAGCUCAUCAGUCAGGGCUGUAGGAUUAGAGAUGAGGAAACAUAAUGAUGCUAAAAGUCCUAACUUCUAUCUAAUAUGGUUGAUUGUGCUAAGGUUGUUGCUGCUUAAAGGGAAAAAUUCCUCUUUGAAGUUUGAAGUUCUUGUUAAUCCUAGCUUGGAAAUAGAAGAUGGGAGAUUUGAAAUGAUAUCUGUGUCAAUGUCAUGUGAAUAGUCGUUUUUUUUUUUAUGAAAUUUGAUCAAGGUGUUUUUUUGGAGAAACUUCCUCUUUGAAGUACAAGUAUAUUUUUUAAAAUAAUAUGAUUUAUAUAUACUCUGUAUCAAACCUUCAA